AUGCAAGCGGAGGCAGAGCAAGACAGAGAGACAGAAAUGAUCAAACAACGAGGAAAAGACGCCGAGAAGAAGCUUCCAAAGAACCCGAGCAAAGACACAGAAGAAUGUUGCUACCCAACACCCUUGGAUGCCAUGAAAGGACCUCAGGAGAAGCUGAUGUACGUGCUUUGCGUCUUAACCAGGACAGGAACCCAGAAGCCUGAUUAUCUUGCCACGGUGGAUGUGGAUCCCAAAUCUCCCACUUACUGCCAAGUUAUUCACCGGCUGCAAAUGCCGUACCUUAAUGAUGAGCUUCACUUCAUGGGCUGGAAUACUGGAAGCAGCUGCUUCGGAGACACCACCAAGAAACGCAACCGGCUGGUCCUUCCGGGUUUCAACUCUUCUCGGAUUUAUGUUGUGGACACUGGGACUGACCCCCAGGCUCCCUGCCUGUUUAAGGUGAUUGAGCCCAGAGAGGUCUUCUGUAAAACCAACGUGGCUUCAAUACUCACCCCACGCUGUCUGGGCAGCGGAGAGGUCAUGAUCAGCUCCCUAGGGGACCUAUUUGGCAAUGGAAAAGGCGAAUUCAUUCUCGUGGAUACGGAAACAUGGGAAGUGAAGGGCACCUGGAAUCGUCCUGGAGACGCAGCUCCACUAGGAUUUGACUUCUGGUACAAACCAAGGCACAACGUCUUAUUCAGCACUGAACUGGCAGUUCCUAAAUUCAUUGUGGAUGCAUUCAUCCCAAAACAUCUGGGGAAAGGAUACUUUGGCCGCUGCCUGAACGUGUGGGACUGGACCACCCGCUGCCUCGUCCAAUCCAUUGACCUGGGGGAAGAUUCACUCCCCGUGAUGGUCUGCUUACUGCACAACCCAGAUGCCCCACACGGCUUCGUGAAUUGUCCCUUCGAAAGCUCCGUGUAUCAUAUUUUCAAGAAGGAGGACGGGACGUGGACGACGGAGAAGGUGAUCCAGAUUCCAGAGAAGGUGGUCAGCGGGUGGUACUUCCCUGGAAUGCCAGCGUACAACGUUUACUCAGUUAUUUCGCUGGAUGACCGUUUCCUGUACAUGAGCAACUGGUUUCACGGCGAUAUCCGACAGUAUGACAUCACUGACCCCCACUGCCCUCGGCUGAUGGGCCAGGUGUUUGUAGGAGGCAGCAUCUGCAAAGGCGGGGUGGUGACUGUGAUUAAGGACGAAGAGCUCGACUGCCAGCCAGAUCCCCUCGUGAUCCAGGGAAGGAGAGUCUACGGGGGACCAUACAUACUCCAGCUCAGCUUGGAUGGAAAAAGACUUUAUGUUACCAAUAGUCUCUACACACAGUGGGACGAGCAAUUUUAUCCCAAACUGUUCAGGGAAGGGUCAGUCAUGCUCCAGAUUGACGUGGACACUGAGGAUGGGGGUCUCCGUGUGAAUCCAGACUUCCUGGUGGAUUUCGGGAAGGAUCCGUGGGGUCCCGCUCGUGCAUGCCAAAUGCGUUACCCAGGAGGAGACUGUACCUCAGACAUCUGGACCUGAGGCACUCCUCCCAGCCCACCCUCUUGCUAAGCUAGCAUUGGGGGGGGGGUAGGAAGUGGGUUUGGAACUCAAAACCAGAAUGUUGGCUUGCAGUUUGAUCCCACUGCACAGAUUUCCGUGUUCGAAGAGGAUGCAGAGAAAUUAAAAUUGCCAUUGUAAUAAAAGAUUUUCUUAUUACUACAGACUCGUUGGGGCUAACUUUUGUUUGAAGAUGAGAGUUCAGCAGAGGGAGGGAGAAAACCAUUUAAAUUGGGAGGGGCACAACUUUGGCAGGGGGCUUCCUUUGAAACACACGCUAGGCACGGACAGUUCAAUGAUGUCAGCUCUCAAAAAAGUACGUUUAACUCCACUGGAUGUAGGUUUCCCAGCAGUCAGGCGAGGUUGGUAAGGAUACACAUCUCAACCAUAGUAAUUCAGGCCAAACAUGGAAGGUCUUUGCUCCAACAAAAGGUCAGCUAGCAAAUCUGAACUGAACAGAAUAACAGAGUUGGAGGUCUUCUAG